UAAAGUUAUAUAAGCAAGGUUAUAUCUCACUGUUAAAUAAUUUUAAAGCCCAAAUUUUAACUUUUAUUUUUAAAUUAACAAGUUAAGUUAAUAAGACUCAAAAAUAAUGAAAAUUUUACUUUUAGCGUCGCUUAUGGUGGUGGCUGUUCAGGGAUUUAGUUUUGGUGGGUCAGGCGGUUCCCUAUUCAAUAGUUUUGGCGGUUUUGGAAAUAUGGGAAAGGGAUCCCUGGAUGCAGUUUUGAGACCCGUCGUAGACGCUGAUAACAUGGGUAAAGCAGCGAUGAUACGUACCUUUAACGAGGGUGCACAGGGUGUCCGUCAAAGUCUGGGUCCGAUAGAGAGUCAGGUUGACCAAAUGACUGGAUUACCCCUCACACAAGGGGUUCAUCAAGGGGUGGAGGGUGCGAUAUCGGUACCUGUAAACAUACCAUGCCCACUUCCCAUUGCUGCUAAUGCUGUCCAGGGUGUUGCCAACGGCACUAUUGAUGGUGUUACCGGCACUGAACAGGGUGAAAUUGAUUCUGAGUAAAUUUUGUCAUUGCACAUAAUAUAAUUAUGUAUAAUUUUAACAUGAUAAUAAAAAUCAUCGGAAUUUAUA